ACCCUCGUAAUACCCCUAUUGCGUAGGGCAACAUCACGAUCGAUUCGAGCAGCUGUAACGUCGCCGUUCGGUUCGUGUUCCACCGCUGACAUGGGAUUAGCCUGCAGAUUCUUUCCGUGUAAUUCUCAGUAUUUCCGUGUUUGCUGCUUGCCAGCUUGGGCCCGGAGAACAGCCGGCUAGAUUGACCCACAGAGUCCGAACACGCAGCUUGUCAAAAGACCAUUGACUCCUGGUGGUCUCGAGACGUUUGCUCUACGUCGAACGACAUUGAAUCUUGACUCAACACACGAGAACCAGUCUCGUAUCAUCACAUCAUCAUGGCGCCCACCACUACUACAAAGACCGUGGAGGAGCCUGUAGGUGUCGCGAAGCCGCACACUGAAGCCCGGGUUGAUGCUGACCUCCCCAAGCCCAAGGAGACUAAGGAAAUUCCCUCCACAUUGGCGGAGAUGAGAGGGAGUAUCGAUGAGAGCACAUUCGAGCAGAUUCUGGAGAUGGAUGACGACCCCAGCGACAGAGAUUUUAGCAAGGGUAUCGUGUUUGGCUUCUUCGAUCAGGCUGAGAACACAUUUGAGAAGAUGGAGGAUGCUCUGAAGGCGGAAAAUUUGAACGACCUGUCUUCUCUGGGACAUUACCUGAAAGGUUCAUCAGCCACUCUCGGACUCACCAAGGUCAAGGAUGCAUGCGAGAAGAUUCAACAUUACGGAGCCGGCAAGGACGAGACCGGUUCCACGGAUGAGCCGGACAAGAAGACCUCCCUUUCGCGCAUUGAAAAGACCCUGACCCAGGUGAAAGAGGAUUACAAGGAAGUCGAGGCCUUCCUGCGCAAGUACUUUGGCGAAGACGAGGAAUCCGCUUAAACUUUAGGACGAACAGAAACAGAAGGACAGGGUAGAGCCAGGCGAGGAUUCUGUGUCAGUUAACUGAAUAUACGCGCGAGAGCGAGGCCACACGCUCCGCCCGAGAUCAAUGAAAUCGAGAUCACCAAGUGACAGCAUCCAU